GUGUAAGGCGCAAGCAGAGAACAGUCAUUAGUUCCAUCAUAACAGGCACUGACUGAACUGCGAGACGGACAAAUUCUGUGUUUCGGCAGUCGCGGCUGCAGGCAGACCUGAUUUUUUAUGAAUGUUCCGAAUCAAAUGAGAAGAAUUUGCCGCUGUAUAAAGUGAACAGUUCUAAACAAGGCCUGGAGAGGUUGGAUAAAUCAAAAUUAUGGCGCCAACGAGGAACUUCAGAACUGUGAGUGUUUAUCCAACCCCACAGGAAGUGUUAAACACUAAUAUGACGGAUGAGGUCAAACCAAAUAUCAUCCAUGGACCUUACAAAAGCUUGGACCAUUAUCUAGAAAUCCAAUUCUGGCUCUUGAGAGAAGAUGCCGUAUUGCCGCUGAGAAAGGGGGUAGAAGAAAUCAUAAAAGCCAGGGAAAGCAAAAUUAAAUAUUAUUGGGGUUCAUCAUCGUGUUUAACAUUCUAUGGAAGGGUGAAGUUUUUGAGACCCACCAAUCGAGAAGAAAGCCAGAGCAAAAUUGCCACCCUGUGCUAUGUCCCUGAUGAAGGUGGCCUUCCAGACAACUUGGACCUCUCCAAAAGGUUCAUGUUUGGGUCCUUGCUCGGAUUCUCCUGCAACUCCUUUGAAACUCUGCUGUUUGCCACUGUCAGCAAUUGCAACUCCAAGUCUAAAAUGCAGGUCAAGUUCUGUGAAGAGUAUGGAGAAAAUCUCUAUGAAAAUGAUUACAUGAUGAUCGAGAGUGAAGCCUUUUUUGAGCCAUACUAUCAUGUGCUCAAAGCUUUGCAAAUCAUCACGGAUGAUUUUCCCUUUCAAGAUUAUUUCAUUGAUGUAGAACAGGAGGAUUUCUUGCCUCAGUAUUUGACGAAAAAUGGAAACCGAAAGCCUAUUACUGUGAAAGGAGUGCAAAAAAAUUACCAAUUUGACGUUUUGGACGACGGCGCCUGGCCUUCAGCAGAAGAGCUUGGCCUCAAUGAUUCCCAGCAUUUGGCUCUCAGAGAAGCCCUAACAAAUGAGCUGACUGUAAUCCAUGGUCCACCAGGAACAGGAAAAACAUUUCUUGCUCUGAAAAUUGUGGAAAUACUGACACAAAACAAGCUGGCCAUGAACAGGAAAACUCCGAUUUUGGUUAUUAGCAACACAAAUUGGGCCCUUGAUCAGCUUCUUGUAGGAGCACUUAAAAUCACUGACAAACUAGUGCGCGUUGGAGGUCAAUCAAAGCGUCAAGAGCUGGAGGAUUACAACAUUAAUAAAUUGAAAGGACCAAGGCACCAGCGCCUCGAAGAACUUGCUCAUCAGGACGUAAUUGGUCUCACAACUUGUGGUGCAGCCAAGAUGAGAUCGGAGCUGAAUGAGCUUGGUUGUGAAGUUGUGAUUGUUGAAGAAGCUGCUGAUGUUUUUGAAGCUCACGUGAUUGCAUGCUUGUCCAAUAAUUGUCAGCAUCUCAUUAUGAUUGGGGACCACAAGCAGCUCAAGCCACAUGUCAGUCAUUCAACUAUGAGCAGUUCAACAUUAAAUUUAGAUGUUUCUCUUUUUGAGAGAAUGGUGCUAAACAGGAAGAAACAGUAUUGCUUUCUUGAUGUGCAGUAUAGGUUGCCUCCUGAAAUGACAAAGCUGAUCUCACCUUUGUUUUAUGAAAACCUGAAAGAUGACAAAAGUGUCAUGCAAAAGCCUGAAAUAAAAGUCUUGACUAAAAGAGUGUCAUUUGUGACACACGAGUUUCCAGAACAAUAUAAAACUGAUAAGUACAAAAAUAUUCUGGGGAUUAAGAAUGACCAUGAGGUGGAAUAUGUGAUUGCACUAUGCAACUACUUGUUGAUGAAAAAUGAUUAUGAACCAAAGGAGAUUACGAUUUUAACACCUUACACAGAACAGGUGCAAGCAAUAAAAAAGGUUAUUAGAAAUAGCAGCAAAUAUGUGAAGGGAUUGGCGAGGGUCAAAGUUACGACAGUGGAUAACUUUCAAGGAGGCGAAUGUGGCAUUAUAAUAUUGUCAUUAGUGAGAAGCAACAUCAAAGAAGAAAUUGGCUUUUUGAACGAAGAGAGCAGAGUCAUUGCAGCGUUGACCAAAGCCAGGAAUGCUCUCAUCAUGAUUGGGAACAUGGACACCCUCACAUCUAGGAGCUUGUAUUGGAAAUGUAUCAAAAACUCUCUUUUAGAACAGAGUGCACUGGGCCAGUCACUGCUGCUAAGAUGUGUGGAGCACCCAGAUAAUCAGGUUGCACUGCAAAAUCCUGAAGAUUUUGAUUCAAUUUGUCCGGAAGGAGACUGCCACAGACUGUGCAUGAGACCCAUGGAAUGUGGCCACAUUUGCAAGGCCCUCUACCGUCCAAAUUGCGACCACUCCAGUUAUACCUGCCAAGAGCCUUGCUUCAAGCUGUGUGAUGCUGGCCUUCACAAGUCUAGUAUGGCAUGCUAUGAGUGUGUUUCAAACUGCCAGGAAUGUGAGAAACGCAAGGAUUUUAAUAGCCAAAAUCAGUUUUUUGCCCGUGAAAUGUGCAAGAUCAUUACACCCGUCACAAAGACUUUAGCUGACUGGAACGAUUCAGAUGAAUGGGGAAUUUUUGGAGAAAAGGAAAGAUAUAAAAGUCAGUGUGGUGGUCUGCAGAACUGCGGACACAUUUGCAAAGCCAUUCCUCACUCUGGCGAUGAAGACCAUAGUGCUUACUACUCUUGCCGCGAACCCUGUCGCAAGUUUUGCAAGUCGGGCCUGCAUGGAUGUAUUUUGAAAUGUUUUGAGUGGUGUGACUCCUACUGCGAAGAAAAGGUUGAAGUGACCUUCUCUUGUAGAAAACACAAAGGAACAAUUGCCUGUGGAAAAAGGAGUUCACUUGGAAACAUUGUUGCUUGCCCUGUUAUCGUCCAGAAGGUUUUCCCUGGAUGCUCCCACUCUGCUGAAGUGGCCUGUGAGCAGAAAGUUUGCCCAAAGCAAUGUGGUUGGCUGCUGCAGUGUGUUAACGAGUGCAUGAUGAAAUGCAACCUUCAACAAUCUUGAACAGAUUUGUUGGUAUUUCCUUUGUCACGAGAAGGUUCAAGCAAACUAAAGGGUCAUGUGACACCGUGUUGUCAAAUUAUGCUAUCAGGAUGCAACAAGUUAAUGAAAUGCAACGAUUGCAGCAAAAUUAAAGUAUUAUAUCUUGAGCUAUAUAUUUUCAAAUUAAGGAAGAUAUGUGUAGAACGUUGUUCCUUGCUAUUUUGAGUUAUUUUAGAUCUGUGCAUGAAUGAUCGAUGUGUGUUCUGCCCCAUAUGUUUGAAUAAAAUCUUAAUUUCAAUUAAU